AACGUGCAUGGAACAUUUUUAUCUUUGGUAUGACUGAAGCUGAAUUUGAAGAAUACUAUGCGAAUCAUGCUCAUUUAGUUGAGGCUAUGCAAAACAACCCAGAUGGCAUGGAAGGCGAAAAUGGGUCGGACAACCAAAAUGGGCCGGAAGAUCCGAUUGAUGAAGAAACCGAUCAGAGGAAACAUAAAAGAAGUAGAGACUCAGGAAUCGAAGACAAAUAUGUUUUUCUAGAAAUGAACUCUGAAAACCCUAACCAAAAUCUCAGAGAGAUAUCCCAAUCUAAUAUCAAUGGUAGAGGUGUUCAAUUAGAGAUCGGAGGACCAAGCCAUGGAGGUUACGAUUUGAACAUGGAAGAUGCUGAUAAUGGAGUCAGAGAACCAAACCCGUUGAUGUAUCAUCUUCCUGAAGCUGAAUCAACCAUAAGCACUUCAAAUCAGCUGCAGGUACCUUUAAGGGAUGCAAAACAAUCAAAGGUUUAGCAAGGAAUCCAGAGGAAGCAGAAUGUCUAGCGGUGCUGGAAGCUAUCAAAUGGGCACAUAGCAAGAACCUGUCUUCUAUCAGUAUUUACAGUGAUGCAAAAAAAAGUGAUUGCUUACUUGAAGAAUAAAAACAAUAGUCUCUGUUGGUUUAGUUGCACAAUCAUGGAUGAUUGUAAUCUGUUAUUGAACUACUUUUCUUUUAUUAGAACUAGUCACCUUAGGAGAAAUUUCAACUCCAUAGCAGAUAAAGCUGCUAAGCAUUGUAGGCGUUUCAACAUUUGUA